AUGGUGGUCACCGGUGACCGGCACUUCGAACCAACAAUUCUUAACUGGUUCAGAGUGUGCUCUUGGUACUUGCAAGAGAGACGUGGCUGGUUCCCCGCCGUCAGCGUGGAGGGAAGAAAUCGAUCCAGAAAACAGCAUGCCACAGUAUCGCCGAACAAACAUCAGGACGUCAACGAUAGCGGUCACGUGACAAAAAUCGAAUUGGAGCUGGAGGAGGCUCCGGACGCUAUUCUCGUCGGCUCGAUGCCGUCAGAAUUGGAUGCCACGGCGGAAAUCAAUUCCACCUACCCUAACGGAACAGUGGUGGUCAGAGCCGAAGAAGCUCUGAUCGUUAUUUUGGUGCUGUUUCUCUGGGCAGCGGCGAUUGCCCUAUUCUUCAAUCGAUGGGGGAAGAUUAGGAUGUUGGAACCGUAUCAGCCUAAGUUCCAACAACAACACAGACCAAGUUGUACCACGAUCGAGCCGAAUCAACUUCAGACUCGUCGCACGUACUCCAAGUGCAACGUCCUCUGCGCGGACGAGUUGGCCUGCGUGGCGGGUCAGUCGCGACCCAGACAGAACAGCGUGUUCAUCGGUUCGAGCGCCUCGUUGCUCCCAGGCUCCCAGGGUACUCCCCGCCGUACGAAGAGCGCGUUCGACCUGCAGUCGUUGUUCCUGCCCGAGUGUAUCGCGCAGGAGAGCACCGAUCAGGACGCGUCUAGGAGCAUCAAAGCGGCGAACGAGUCCACGAAACUGUUACAGUGCGACCGUAGGACCAGUGUCUGUCAAUCGGACAGAAACGACGCGAGCAAGUCGUCGUUUGGUCGCGAUCGAGGGAUGAGCGUCUGCUACCUCGACGCCGGCCAGAAGCCGUGGCACCGCGACCGCGGCAUGAGCAUUUGUCAGUUCGAUCGUAUGGAUGUGCUGGCGCGACCGUUGCAGAGAGACCGCGGCGGUAGCAUUUGCCAUUUUGACAGAAUGGACGUUCUGGCCAGACCUUUGCAACGAGAUCGCACGGGCAGCGCUUAUCACUUCGAUAGAACGGACGUCCUCGCCAGACCGAGCCUCUCCACCGUCAAGUCUCUGCUGAGGGAGAGACGGGUGAGCAUAUGCAAUUUCUCGGAGAGGGACGAGGCGACGAGGAUCGGUCAGUCGGACAGGCGUUCGAGCAUUGGGAACGUCGACAAGAUCGAGGAGGACAGGUCAGCGACGGAGCAGGCGGAGAGGCAGGGGAUAUUCGCCAAGUGCACGCUCAAAGAUCGAAAGACCAGCUAUCAUCUCGAUCAGCCGUCUUGCAGCAAGACCUCCGACGUCGUGUUCGGGUACAAGGCCACUUGCGUGUAGCGCGCGGAAACCGAUGCGUCGCGGCAAGACAAUGACACGAAUUUUUGUCGACGACGGUACAAAUCGACGGUCCUCGACGCACAGUUGAUGUAUCAUUCGGUCGCCGGACCAACCGAACGCGUCUACUUUGUCGAUAUUCCGUUUUGUUCGCACCGAACGAUGAAAUAUUAAACGCGAAAACACUUUGGUAUUUUACGAAAGUUCGUCGGGUCGGGAUUGGUUUGAUAUUUAAUCGGGUGUUGCAUCGAGAAAUUUUAGAGA